AUGGCUGAGGUUGGCUGGAGGUGCUGGCUGCUCUACAUCUUACUCCUGCAGUUGGUCCAGGCAGAGCUGUACACACCUUUCCAUGAGUCUGGUGUCUGUGCCUUCUAUGGCGACUGUGGGAAGAACCCUGAGCUAUCUGGGAGUCUGCUACCACUGUCCAAUGUCUCAUGCCUGGCCAAUGAACCUGCCCGCCACGUCACUGGCGAGCACCUGGCCCUCCUGCAGCGCGUGUGCCCACGCCUCUACACUGGCCCAGACACCACCUAUGCCUGCUGCUCGGCCCAGCAGCUGGAGGCGCUGGAAAGGAGCCUGGCUGUCACCAAAGCGCUUCUCACGCGCUGCCCUGCCUGUUCUGACAACUUUGUCAGCCUGCACUGUCAAAAUACCUGCAGUCCCAACCAGAGCCUCUUCAUCAACGUGACCCGCGUUUCCCAGCCGCCCAGUGGACAGCCUCAAGCGGUGCUGGCCUUCCAGGCCUUCUAUGAGCGCAGCUUCGCUGAGCGAGCCUACAACUCCUGCAGCAGUGUGCGUAUCCCUGCAGCAGCCACACUGGCCGUGGGAGCCAUGUGCGGGGUGUAUGGCUCUGCCCUGUGCAACGCCCAGCGCUGGCUCAACUACCAGGGAGACACCAGCAAUGGUUUAGCCCCACUGGACAUAGCCUUCCAUCUUGGGGAUGCCAGCCAGCCUCCUGGUUAUGGGAUCCAGUUUCUCAAUGCGGAGAUUGUGGGCUGCAAUGAGUCACAGGGCAGCGACGCUGUGGCUUGCUCCUGCCAGGACUGUGCAACAUCGUGCCCCACCAUCCCCCGCCCACAGGCCCUGGACUCCACCUUCCGCCUAGGCUGGAUGGAGGGAGUUCUGGCCCUCGUGAUCAUUCUCUGCUCAGUCUUUGCUGUCCUCAUCACCUUUCUUGUGUCACCCUGGCUGGCCUGUCACAGGGACAAGGUCAAAACCGUGGACUCUCCCAUGCACAUAAGUUUCUUUGACAGACUCAGUCUCACCACUCACAAGCUCCUGGGAAGUUUCUUCCAGUCCUGGGGUACAUGGGUGGCCUCAUGGCCUCUGACUGUCCUGGUGGUGUCCAUUGUAGUGGUGGUGGCUUUGGCAGGGGGCUUGGUCUUCACGGAACUCACCACAGACCCGGUGGAGCUGUGGUCAGCCCCUAGCAGCCAGGCCCGGUGGGAGAAGGAGUUCCACGACCAGCAUUUUGGCCCUUUCUUUCGCACGAACCAGGUAUUUCUGACUGCACCUGCCCGGGCCAGCUAUGGCUACAACUCCCCGCUGCUGGGGCUCAAGAACUUCAGUGGGGUCCUGGCACCUGACCUGCUGCUGGAGCUGCUGGAGCUGCAGGAGCGGCUGCGGCAUCUGCAGGUUUGGUCCUCCCAGGAGCAGCGCAACAUCUCACUGCAGGAUAUCUGCUAUGCCCCACUCAACCCUCACAAUACCAGCCUGUCCGACUGCUGCAUCAACAGCCUGCUGCAGUACUUCCAGAGCAACCGGUCUCACCUGCUGCUUACUGCCAACCAGACCCUCAUGGGGCAGACAUCCCAGGUUGACUGGAAGGACCACUUUCUCUACUGUGUCAACGCUCCCCUCACCUUCAAUGAUGGCACGGCCCUGGGUUUGAGCUGCAUGGCUGACUAUGGGGCUCCCAUCUUUCCUUUCCUUGCAGUGGGGGGAUACAAAGGGAAGGACUAUUCUGAGGCAGAGGCCCUGAUCAUGACCUUCUCCCUCAACAACUACCCCCCUGGCGACCCCCGGCUGGCCCAGGUUCGGCUCUGGGAGGCAGGGUUCCUGGAGGAAAUGCGAGCCUUCCAGCAGCAGAUGGCUGGCACCUUCCAGGUCACCUUCAUGGCAGAGCGCUCCCUGGAGGAUGAGAUCAACCGCACCACGGGGGAGGACUUGCCCAUCUUUGCCAUCAGCUACCUGGUCAUUUUCCUGUAUAUCUCUCUGGCAUUGGGCAACUACUCUAGCAGGCGUCGAGUGCUGGUGGACUCCAAGGCCGUGCUGGGCAUAGGCGGGGUGACGGUGGUGCUGGGAGCUGUCAUGGCUGCCAUGGGCUUCUUCUCCUACCUGGGUGUUCCCUCCUCUUUGGUCAUCCUCCAAGUUGUGCCUUUCCUGGUGCUUGCUGUGGGUGCUGACAAUAUCUUCAUCUUCGUUCUUGAGUACCAGAGGCUGCCGAGGGAGCCUGGGGAGCGGCGGGAAGCGCACAUUGGCCGGGCCCUGGGCAGUGUGGCCCCCAGCAUGCUGCUUUGCAGCCUCUCUGAGGCCAUCUGCUUCUUCUUAGGGGCGCUGACCCCAAUGCCUGCUGUGAGGACUUUUGCCCUGACCUCUGGCCUGGCAGUGGUGCUCGACUUCCUGCUUCAGAUGUCCACCUUUGUGGCCUUGCUUUCCCUGGACAGCAGGAGGCAGGAGGCCUCCUACCUGGAUGUCUGCUGCUGCUUCAAGGCUGGAAAGACCCCACCUCCCAGCCCGAGGGAAGGGCUCUUGCUCAGAUUCUUCCACAAGGUCUAUGCACCAGUGUUGCUGCACCGAGUCACCCGUGUGCUUGUGCUGGUGCUGUUCCUGGCCCUAUUUGGAGUGGGACUUUACUUCAUGUGCCACCUCAGCGUAGGCCUUGACCAGGAGCUGGCCCUGCCCAAGGACUCUUACCUGCUUGACUACUUCCUCUUUCUAAACCGCUACUUUGAGGUGGGAGCCCCAGUCUACUUUGUCACCACUGCGGGCUACAACUUCUCAAGCAAGGCUGGCAUGAAUGGCAUCUGCUCCAGCGCAGGCUGUGACAGCUACUCCUUAGCCCAGAAGAUUCAGUACGCCUCUGAGUUUCCUGAGCAGUCUUAUUUGGCCAUACCGGCUUCCUCCUGGGUGGAUGACUUCAUAGACUGGUUGACACCAUCCUCCUCUUGCUGCCGUCUUUAUACCUCUGGCCCCAAUAAGGAUGAAUUCUGUCCCUCGACCAUCAGUUCCUUGCAUUGUCUCAAAAGCUGCAUAGGCCUUACCCUGGGUCCUGUCCGACCCUCUGAGGAACAGUUUAACAAGUACCUUCCAUGGUUCUUGAGUGACACACCCAAUAACAAGUGUCCCAAAGGAGGCCUGGCUGCUUACAGCACUUCUGUGAACUGGGGUCCAGAUGGCAAGAUUUUAGCAUCCCGGUUCAUGGCCUACCACAAGCCCCUGAAGAACUCCCAGGACUUCACGGAAGCUCUGCGGGCAGCUCGAGCCCUAGCCGCCAACAUUACUGCCAGCCUUCGGGAGAUUCCCGGGACAGACCCAGCCUUUGAAGUCUUCCCCUAUACGAUCACCAACGUGUUUUAUGAGCAGUAUCUGACUGUCGUGCCUGAGGGCCUCUUCAUGCUGAGCCUGUGCCUCUUGCCCACCUUUGUCGUCUGCUGCCUUUUACUGGGCAUGGACCUCCGUUCUGGCCUCAUCAACCUCUUCUCUAUCAUCAUGAUUCUUGUGGACACCGUUGGCUUUAUGGCACUUUGGGGCAUCACCUAUAAUGCUGUUUCCCUUAUCAACCUGGUCACGGCUGUGGGCAUUUCAGUGGAGUUUGUGUCCCACAUUACCCGCUCCUUUGCCAUCAGCACCAAGCCCACACGACUAGAAAGGGCCAAGGAGGCUACAGUCACCAUGGGCAGUGCGGUCUUUGCUGGCGUGGCCAUGACCAACUUGCCUGGCAUCCUAGUUCUGGGCCUUGCUAAGUCCCAGCUCAUCCAGAUCUUCUUCUUCCGCCUCAACUUACUGAUCACUCUCCUGGGCCUGCUGCAUGGCCUCGUCUUUCUGCCUGUGGUCCUCAGCUACCUGGGGCCCAGUGUCAACCCUGCUCUGGUGCUGGAGCAGGAGCGACUGGAGUUGGCUGCUGUGGCCAAGGAGGUCGAGGCCAGGGAAGACCCUUGCCCAAAGCAUCCUUCACGGACCCACAUGACCAGCAGCGUCUACAGCAACAAGGGCUUUGAAGAUGAUGCCAAGAGUGCUGGUGACAUGGACAGUUCUUUGCCUGAAAGUGGUCAGGCACUCUGA